AGGAUAAUGGAACAGGGUAACCACAGCUGGAGAAGCUGCCUCGGGCUACGGCUGGCUGAGGAUGAUGGGAGAGGUGGCUUCCCCUGGAUUACCUCACUAUAGAGGCCAUCAGUGGUGAAAGGGUUACCAGACGCUAUAAGGGAGGAGCGCUCAGUCUCCAUAGCAACUAUAGCAAGGCUGUCACGUGCGCUCUUCAUCGCCUGGUAGGGGAAGUUUUACUGUUUCUAUAGCAACUAUGGCGGAUACCGACGCAGAGAGUGUCCGGACCGAGUCCCAGGCCGGGGAGGACCCCUUCCACCCCCUCACCGAGCUGAGCCCCGAGCAGCUGCGGGCCCUAAUUCGGGACACCAGCAAUGCAGUGUCCACGCUCAAGGCCGAGACUGAAGUGUUUGAGAAGUUCUGUAAGAGGCUGGAUGCAGCGGACCUCACGCCUGCCCCCAUCACUGAAGCUGGACCCCCCAGCCUGGACUUCAGCCAGAUGCGCAGUCGGCGCAGGUCCAAGUCCCGGAGCACAAUCUCCGAGCGGUUAUUCAGUCUGAGCGUGGAGCAGAAGUGUGAGCUGGUGCAGAGAGAGCUGGAGGAGUCAAAGGAGGAAGCGCGGAAGGAUAAGGAGAACGCGGACAGGCUGGUGCAGAGUUUACAGGCCACAAUGGAGGAAGCUGAAAUUCGCAGAGCAGAGAUUAAAAAAGCCACGUACGAGUUUGAGCGAGAUAUCGGCAGGGCCGCUGUGAGUAGGAAGACGGGCACAAGUGUGGCCCCUGACAAGAUCCUUCGCUACCUGGAAGAGAAAACCCGUGCCAGAGACAGUCUGAUAGACAAGCUGCGUCUGAAGAACGCAUCCCUGAAAGUCCACAAGAAGAAGCUACAGAUGCAGCUCAAACAGAAGGAGGAGAUGGGGGAAGUAUUGCACGAGGUGGAUUUUCAGCAACUGAAGAUAGAAAAUGCACAGUUCUUGGAGAGGAUUGAUGAACGGAACCAAGAUCUGCUACAUCUGAAACUCACCACCGGAGACACGCUUCAGGUCUUCAACUCCUACAAGAAAAAGCUUCAGAACUCGACUAUGGAGUCCUGCCAUCUCGACAAGGAGAUUUCCACAAGGAGCGAGAUGCUGCGGAGGAUCGAGUGCGAGACGCACCUGGUCGAGCAGGAGCGACAGAAAGCAGAGAAUGUAAACAAGAAGCUGAGGAGACAACUAAGUGACUACCGGGUCCCAGAUGUGCUGCAGUAUGUCCAGGAGAAAAUGGAGCAAGAUCAGCUGCAAAAAACCAUUCGCGUUUGGGAGAGGAAAGCAGAGAUAGCCCAGCUUUCCUUGAAUACACGUGGCAGGGCGUGGGAGCAGCUGAAGGGAGCCGGUAACAUACAGUGCUACACCCAGCCAGCCGCCGGCCACUGAAUGCCACAGUUAUGUUAAUAAAAGAUCAUUAUAUACAA